AUGCAAAGUAGACUCGCCCAACAGACAUUAUUUCCUCGUCUUACCAUCCGUGGAAUUCUUCCUCCAGUGAAAUUUCAAUCGAAAUAUUGCCAUCCUGUUUUUUAUCCCAGGUACCGUCAAUAUUCAUCGAAGCUUCCAUCUCAACGUCCUACAAUCUCAAAGUCUCAAAACUUGUGGAAUCGUUGUUUAAAGCUUGCAGGGAAACAAGCAGGAAGUUUUAAAGACAAACCGCUAAGUUAUGCGGUUGCAUUCUUAUUCCUACAUGAACUAACAGCCAUUUUACCUCUUCCAGCAUUUUUCUUCCUGUUUCAUUCGCUCGACUGGACGCCUCCAGGUUUGCCCACUGAAUAUCUCGAAAAAGGAGCUGGCGUCGCUUCCAGAAUUUUCGAAAAAAUUGGAUAUAAUAUACCCAUCGAACAAGUUUCUAAAGUCUUAAUUGAUGGAGCUGCUGCUUAUGCCUGUGUGAAGGUAUGA